AUGGCUGAGGCUGGAGCUAACGUGGCCAUCGCAUACCGAUCAUCCAACAAGGCUGGGAACGAGGCUGCGACCGAACUAGAGGAGAAGCACGGUGUUAAGGCCAUUGCCUACCAAGCAGAUGUGUCCGACCCGGCUGCCAACGACGACCUCGUGGCUAAGGUAGUCGAGGACUUUGGGCGCCUGGAUGUCAUUGUGAUCAACGCGGGUAUCUCUGAUUGCUUUGAUGCUAUCGACUCGACUCCCGCCAAAUACCGCGAGCAGUUGGCCGUGAACUUGGAUGGUGCUUUCUACAGUGCCCAGGCUGCCGCCAAAGAGUUCAAGAAGCAAGGCUUUGGCAACAUCAUCUUCACAACAUCCAUCAGUGCUGUGAUCGUGAACCGCCCCCAAAACCAGUCGAUUGUAAGAACCCCCCUGCGCACUAUGCGCGAGAUGUGAGCCGCUGCUUACCAUUAACACAGUACAAUGCCUCCAAGGCCGGGCUUCUCCAUCUGGCCAAGAGUCUGUCCAUUGAGUGGAUUGACUUCUGCAGAAUCAACUGCAUCAGCCCUGGCUACAUCGAAACAGAGAUGGUACAGUACGAUCCGGAGGAAUGGAAGCGCCAAUGGCUUGCGGAGACGCCCAACCGCAGAUUCGGCCAGCCUUAUGAGUUAAAGGGGGUAGGUCGCCAGCACGAGUUCAGCGAGGGGAUCCCAGAAGGCUACACGAGGAUUGUACUAACACCUGCGUCCUAGGCCUACGUUUUCUGCGCAUCCGAUGCAUCAAGCUUCAUGACAGGUGGUCACAUUGUGAUAGAUGGUGGAUACACGGUUCCCUAG